AGGAUAAAUCAGCACAUCCGUCUUUUCGAAAAUUAAAUAAAGAUGCACAAGAAAGACUAAAUAAAAUGACAAAAGCUGGUAUUCAUUCUUUAGAAAUAAUAACAUCUCUGCGGCAGAAUGAUCUUUCAAUUGCUACUACUUUAUGUGAUAUAUAUAAUGUUCGUAAAAAAAUUCGGUUAGAAAGUUUACAAG